UAAUGACUUAAUGACGUUCGAGUUCUGUCAAAUGGAUAGAAUCGAACCUCAUAAAAGUGAAUGAUAUAUUUUCUCUUCUAUUAUUUUUGCAUUUCAGUGAAAUGUGACUAAUACUGAUCACAAUUGUCGAGAUACUAUGGGCCUUUUAUGUGAUUCUAGUGACUCGGCACGCUAUUUACGCGCGUUCAGACACUGGCAGUGCUUGUAGAAUGAUAACGACUUAUCUUUAGCGCUCAUAAUUUGCAUUCGAAGAUGGGUAACCAAAAUAGUUGCUGUUGUUACCGGAGCCCUUCGCCGAUCCGGAAGGAUGUCGUGAAGCUGGAGGACUACCUGCCGGAGGGGGAGGUCAGUUCUAAUAACAUCCAGCACAUCAGCGAGCGCGAGCCGGAUGACGGCGAUAUCGACCCUUCGCAAGAUCCUAUAGCCAAAACCAUCUUCAUGGAAAGGUCUAAGGCGUCUAUAGAGAACGGCAUCACCAGAAAGCGCAGCCAGCACCAGAUUGCGGACAACAAACUCAAAAAAAGUAGUUCUUGCUCUACCAUCUAUUUAGAUGAUAGUACUGUGUCACAACCUAAUUUGAAGAAUACUGUGAAGUGUGUAGCCUUGGCCAUCUAUUACCAUAUCAAGAAUCGAACAUCUGAACGUAGACACGACAUUUUUGAUGAGAAACUACACCCACUCAGCAAGGAAGGGGUGAGUGAUGACUAUGAUAAAUAUAAUCCUGAGCACAAACAGAUAUAUAAGUUUGUAAGAACCUUAUUUAAUGCAGCACAACUAACAGCGGAAUGCGCCAUCAUCACACUGGUCUACUUGGAGCGCCUCCUCAUCUGUGCUGAAUUAGAUAUUGCACCAUCUAAUUGGAAAAGAAUAGUUUUAGGAGCCAUAUUGUUGGCCAGUAAGGUGUGGGAUGACCAGGCUGUCUGGAAUGUAGAUUACUGCCAAAUUCUAAAAGACAUAACUGUAGAAGAUAUGAAUGAAUUGGAGAGGCAGUUUUUAGAAAUGCUACAGUUCAAUAUUAAUGUUCCAUCUAGUGUGUAUGCUAAAUACUAUUUUGAUCUGCGCACACUUGCCGAGGCGAAUGACCUCGCUUUUCCCAGUGAACCAUUGAGUAAGGAGAGAGCACAGAAAUUAGAAGCUAUGUCACGAGUCAUGGAAGAUAAAAUAUCUGCUGAAAUUGCCAAGAAUGGCAUAAAGAAAUGGUCAAGCUUAGACAAUGUCAAUUCAGGUGCUGGUGUGAGGAGAAGUGUGGCCAUAUUGUCUUAAAUCAGUAGUCAUGAGCCAAAACCUUUCAAAAAAGUAAAGCAACCACUUUGGAGUAUGUAUUUGUGUAUUUUGUAUGAAUAUAUUCAAAUUAUAUUUCGAAAUUUUGCACAAGAUUCAUAAUUUGAACUGUAGCCUUCAUUUUGCUAAGUUGACCAGAAACAGGUCUCGAUCAUAUUUUUAAGAUCUGACUUAAGGCAAAUUAUUAGUUCAGUGUUUAUGAGACAUUUUUUUGUGGAAAGCCAAUUAAUAGCUGUGACUGCGUGUGGCAGUCGUACCCUAUAAUCCUUAUGUAAUAUUGUAUUGAUGUUAGUCAUGAAAAUGAAAGACUUACAAGCGGUCCAAUAAUUGUUUUUAAUACAACAUAACUCUUAAUUCUUACAAUAUUUUAUUAUAAUUUAUUAAUGUUUUAUCAUAAUACAUUUUAUGUUUACCUUAUCAUAUAUUGGCUUCCAAUUAAUUUUAUUCUUAGUCCAUUAGAAGCACUAUUUAUAAAUAUAGGUUGCUUCCUAAACUAUGCUACUUAGUAAUAAAUAAUUAGAUUUUAUUAGGUAGUGCAUCUGCAUUUGACUGAAAUGAAAUAAAUCUUGUGAUUGUGGAAUGAAUGUUGUAGUCGACAGCUGUGCUUUUGUAAUUAUUUUACAUUGUAACAAUGCAUUUAGAAAUUCAAGCUAGUUCAUAAACAAAAAUAUGCCAAAUUGUUAUUUUGUAUAUCAAAUUAUAUUGACAGACAUACAUUUUAUUUCAAUAGUUAUGAAUUAAUAGAAGUUUGUAUUCAAAUUAAAUGUUAUUCCAUUAUUAGUAUACAAAUCAAUUGCUGUAUUAUAAUUUCACACAACCAAUACUUUAUGUAUCUCUUAAAUAACUAAGCGAAAAUAAACAUUUUAUAUGAGACUUUUAAUUGA